AUGGCUAUAGCUUCUGAUCAGGCCACCUCCAGCAUCUGCAGUCACUGUGACAGAGCUAUUCCUUCUUCAAAUAUUGAUCUGCACUAUGCUCAUUGCUCCCGGAAUCUAGAACAAUGUAAAGUUUGUGGUGAUAUGGUUGCAAGAAAAUAUGCUGAGGAACAUUUCUUAAGCACACAUGCUCCGGUAUCCUGUUCACUUUGCAGUGAGACAAUGGAACGUGAGAUUUUGCCCGUGCAUAAAGGGAUCGGAAAAGUGUCUGAAUUUCAGGAACUCAAACAGGGAAGGAUGUCUGUGGCAGAAUAUGAAGCUAAAUUCGCUGAACUGGCACAGUGCUCCACAUAUGGUGGAUAUCGAGCGUGA